UCAUCAAUUCAUCAAUAUCAAGACAUUUAUUUAUUUAGUUCUUCAAAGUGCAAAAAACAAACAAACAAAAAUGGAGUUUUUGUUUGUGAAGAAGAAGAAGAAGAAAGGGUUGAUGGUUACAAUAUUAAUAAUGAUAAUGAUAUCAAUAUUAUUAAUGGAUGAAGCAAGGGCAGCAAAAGUGACGUGCAAGAGCAAGAGCAGCAAAUGCUAUUACAAGCAGGUUCAAUGCCCAAGUGAAUGCCCGACUCCAUAUCCAUCUGACCCGCAUGCCAAAGUCUGUUUCAUCAACUGCAAUUCACCCAUUUGCAAGGCCGAGUGCAAGAAUCGGAAGGCUAACUGCAACGGUGUCGGGGCAGCUUGUCUAGACCCACGAUUCAUCGGCGCAGAUGGAAUCGUGUUCUACUUCCACGGCAAGAUUAACCAACAGUUCGCACUAGUCUCCGACGCCCAUCUUCAGAUCAACGGUCGAUUCAUCGGCGUUCGUCCCGCCGACAGGCCAAGAGAUUUCACAUGGAUACAAGCCCUUGGAAUUCUCUUGGCGGAUUCCCGCCACAAUUUCUCCGUGGAUGCCACCAGGGCUGAGUCGUGGGACCAAGAAGUGGAUCACCUCAAGUUCACCUACAACGGACAAGAACUGGCUCUCCCCGAAGGCUACCCAUCCGUUUGGAGAUCUCCGGACGACGACAACAUCAUUGUCGAGAGAAUCUCCGACACCAACGCCGCUCUAAUUACCUUACCGGAAAUCGCUGAAAUUUCUGUCAGCGCUGUGCCCAUUACAGAGGAGGACAACAGAGUCCACAAUUACAGGAUUCCGGUGGACGACUGCUUCGCUCAUCUGGAGGUACAGUUCAGAUUCUACCGGCUGUCCGACAACGUUGAAGGUGUUUUAGGCAGGACGUACCAGCCGGAUUUCAAGAACCCGGCCAAGCCUGGCGUCGCAAUGCCGGUUGUCGGAGGGGAAGACAAGUACAGAACAUCUUCUCUCCUCUCUUCCGAUUGUGCAUCUUGCAUUUACUCUCCCCAUAUAAUUAAUACUAACACCACCACCUCUAUGCUUAUGGUCGACUAUGGCGCCCUUGACUGUACCGGUAAAGCCGCCGCCGCCGGCCAUGGAAUUGUUUGCAGGAAAUGAUCAUCUCAUCUAUUCUAUUCUAUUCUCUUUCAAUUUAUUACAU